AUGAGGCACGCACCCGCUGCCGCCCGCCGGCAUUCUUCUUCUUCGUUGUCGUCGGCGGCGGCCGUCCGCCGCAUGUCCGCGUGGCUGGUGGCCUGCGUCGCAUUUUGGGCCCCAUCGACACCCUGCACGCACGCCGCUAGUAUGUAUGGAGACGUGAACAUAUCGGCCAUACUCGAUUCGUUCAGCGGCAGUUACGACAAAAGAGUAAGACCGAAUUACGGAGGUACUCCAGUAGAAGUCGGUGUCACCAUGUACGUGCUGAGCAUCAGCUCAUUGUCUGAAGUGCAAAUGGACUUCACGCUGGACUUUUACUUCAGACAGUUUUGGACCGAUCCCCGGUUGGCGUUCACCAAGCGGCCGGGCGUUGAGACACUAUCCGUGGGAUCGGAGUUCAUCAAGAACAUCUGGGUGCCCGACACGUUCUUCGUCAAUGAGAAACAGUCUUACUUCCACAUAGCGACCACCAGCAACGAGUUCAUCCGGAUACACCAUUCAGGGAGCAUAACGCGGAGCAUUCGCUUGACCAUCACCGCGUCGUGCCCCAUGAACUUGCAGUACUUCCCGAUGGACCGACAGUUGUGCCACAUCGAGAUCGAGAGCUUUGGAUACACGAUGAGGGAUAUCAGGUAUAAAUGGAACAAGGGUCCAAACUCGGUGGGCGUGUCCAACGAAGUGUCACUGCCGCAAUUCAAAGUGCUUGGGCACCGUCAGCGAGCAAUGGAGAUAAGCUUGACGACGGGCAACUAUUCGAGACUGGCUUGCGAGAUCCAAUUCGUACGGUCCAUGGGCUACUACCUGAUCCAGAUAUACAUACCCAGCGGGCUGAUCGUCAUCAUAUCUUGGGUGAGUUUUUGGCUGAACAGGUGUGCGACGCCCGCUCGAGUCUCGUUGGGCGUCACCACCGUGCUGACCAUGACCACGCUCAUGUCGUCCACCAACGCGGCGCUGCCGAAGAUAUCCUACGUCAAGUCCAUCGACGUGUACCUGGGAACGUGUUUCGUCAUGGUGUUCGCCUCGCUCCUGGAAUACGCCACCGUGGGAUAUAUGGCCAAAAGGAUACAGAUGCGGAAGAACCGUUUCUUGGCCAUUCAAAAGAUUGCCGAACAGAAGAAAGGCGGCGGCGGAGGAGGAGGCGCCGGUGGUCACUCCGCCCACGACGGCCACUCGCACCCGCACCCCCACCACACGUCACGUCACGGUCACGGCCAUGGAUCUAUAUCUGGCCAUAGCACCCUGUCCGGACACGGCACACUGUCUGGUGGCCAUGGGCCCCAGUCCGGCCACGGCACGCUCCCCCACGGUAUGUCCAGCCAUGGACUGGCGUCACACGGCACCAUGUCCAGUCAUGGUUACGACGGUGGUGGAGGCGGUCACCGGCACAGUCACAUGGGUCACGGAGGCACGUUGUCUGGAUCACUGAUGGCCCAAGACUUGGACCACACGCCCCGACAAACCGUGCGAUUCAAGGCCCACGAUCCGAAAAACUACCUCAAAGGGGGUUCGCUGGAGAACACCAUCAACGGCCGCGGGGACGACGAUAACAUCACGCCUAUCCCCACGCAGCACGUCAUGCACCCCAACAAGGACAUCAACAAGCUGUACGGCAUCACGCCCAGCGACAUCGACAAGUACUCGAGGAUCGUGUUUCCGGUGUGCUUCAUCUGCUUUAACCUCAUGUACUGGAUCAUAUACUUGCACAUCAGCGACGUGGUGGCUGACGAUCUGGUACUGCUGGGGGCGGACUGA